GUGAUUGGUCCCGCCGCCACGGUAACCGGACAAAAGCGGGCUCCGAUUGGCGGAUGUCGCAUGUCUAUCAAACUGCGGAUUUUCCAUCCGGCUGAAAUUUCUUCUAACGAGCGUAACAAAAGAUGACAGCCUGUGGCACUGGGGAGGGAUUUGGGGCAGUGACCUGGUGGGGAUUCAGCCCAGCAAUGGAUUUCCAAGCAAAAGGUCUAAGUGCAUCAAUGGAAGCUCUGAGUUCAAAAGAAGAUAGCGUUCCUGAAUUAAAUGUUCUCAUGGUUGGUGCUGGUGAUAGUCGACAUCUGUUAACAACUAUUUCCAGAACUCAUCGCUGGCCACAGAGAAAGAUUAAUUUCUACAUUGUUGAGAAUAAUUUGGAACUUAUAGGUCGACAUCUUCUUUUUCUUACUAUUGCUUUGGAACCUCCAGAACAGAUGGGUUUACAAAAAAAGUGUGAACUCCUGCUUGAGUUGUUUGGGAAUAGUCUAAUACGGAAUCAGACUGCAACCUACCUGCAGGACAAAGCUAACCUCUUCAUCCACUACAUAACAGAUCUUGACUUCCUUCACAAGAAACUACCAAUGAUUGACAUGUCUGGCCUGAAGUUUAAAGAGCGAGAUCAGUUGGAAGCCAUUUUUAAAUUCUGGAGGAAUCCUGAUCAAAAGAUCUUUCAGAUCAAUCGGAUGUGGGAUAUGCGAAACAGGCAAUAUUUGGGCAACCGAUACGACUCUAAGAUUGGUGUCUAUGAUUGGGACUUGCACAUGAAAAUGUAUGAGCGAGGGGCUUGUGUAAUAAACAAUCGACAGUACUAUCAAUGGAGAGAUAAAGGCUUGGCAUUUGAAGUUCGUGAGGGGCUCUAUGAUGUUCCAAACAAAUCACUGGCUUCUGGGCUGCUAAUGAAUUAUAAAGGUGAGAAAGUUCCGGCUCGUGGCUACUGGGGAGAUAUUGUCACAAGCCCAUACAUUGCGUUUGGAAUUGAAACUGAAGAGCAAUCCUUUCUAAAAACAGCAAAUGGUGUCCAUGUAAAGACAGCACAGGAUAUCUCUCAAUAUAACGUAACAGCCUUGCUCCAUGAGCUAGUUGCUAAGGAGAAAUAUGCACUGCCUAGAGAAAAAGCCACCUUGAGUGAGAUUACAGAAGUGGAGGAAGGCGAGAUAGAGAAUGACUCUGCUAACAUAAAAAAUGAAUCGACUCAUACACAGCAACAUUCAGAGAUUGUGACGGAGGAAGGAACCGUGAAACAAAGCAAUGAUUUGGAUGACACAGACUCUAGUGGAGGCCAUUGUACAGCUGAAUAUGAUUAUCUCCCCUUGCCUGAUGUGAAGAUUCAUUUUCUACCAAUGAACUGUGUAACAGAGCUUCAUAAGAAGAGCAAUUACUGUGAGAGGUUUAAUGUGAUCUACUUUUCCUGCAGUAUGCUUCACCAUUUAAAACCAGAGUUGAGGCAGAUUGCUGCACCACGAGCAACUCUAAUUGUGGAAUUGACAAAGUUUAUGCUAGAUCUGCGCAAGGAGCUAAUGAACAAGUUUGUCACCCGUGCAGUGGAAAUGGCAAAGGAGGCAGGCUUUAUACCUUUUGGGAACGUAGAUGAUGAGAAGGACUCGUUUGCAUGUUUUGAAUUAAAAGAUGGUCCAUAUCUUUGAUUGAGCCGAUGUGAGGCAGAGAUUAGCUGAGCAAAACAGAAGUAACAAACAUCUGUUCUCACAUACUGAUUUGUCCUAAUGCUUUUAAAAAUGGAGAUGAUAGUGGAAGGUUCUAAAAGGAGGACAUCAGAUUUUAACACUUGAACUUCAUUGUAAAACAACCAGCUGAACGAAUUAUCAAUUCAAGCUUGUGAUGCUGUGAUGGGAAAUUAGUGUUUACUACAAUUUAUACAUCAAUGGAUUAAUUCUGACAGUGACUGUACAGUGUGAGUUGAAGGCUUCCCAGUUUUUCCAUUGAAGUUGACUAAAAUUCUUUGGGACUAAAUCAGGUAGUUGACUCAAGAAAUGAAUAAGCCCAACAUCAGGGACAUCCACCUGCCUUCAGGUUUCAUCUUUAUUUUAUGCCCCAACCUUAUUGUCUAAUUAUAUUUCUCUAUUUCUCCUGCUUUUUGUCUUUGAUCAUUGCCCUGUGAGUUUCUCUUGGGAUGUCUUGCCGAACAUGAGGAGAGCAGAAGAAUGCAACUUAUUGCCCUAAGAAUGUGGUAUCUCCAUUUGGUACUGCUAAAUAUGAUCAGAAGUAUUGCCACAAUCGAUGUAUCCCCUCAGACACCUGGGGGCUAAAUGCCUGGUUUGCAAUACAAAGUGAUGCCAACAAGGUGGGUUCAAUUCCUGCACUGGCUGAAGUUACUACAAAGGAUUCUCUUCCUCAACCUCUCCUCUCACCUGAGGCGUGGUGAUCCUCAGGUUAAACCACCACCAGUUGUCUCUCUACAAUGAGAGAGCAACCCUAUGUCCUCUGGGAUAAUGGUGACUUUAACUUACCCUUCAGAAUCCUAUUAGUUUAUUGUUUUCCUGUCUUAAUUUCUUAGCACCUUUUCACUUAAAGCAAAAUAUGCUUUACAAAAGUGUUGGUACUCAGUGGCAUAAAGUUUUUACUGUUUUGAAAGGCUGAUAGGUUUCUUCAUAGCGAGUCUUGAAGAUUUGUAGCUCAGGUUGAGGUUCUGGUUGUGAGUUUGCUCGCUGACCUGGAAGGUUCGUUUUCAGACGUUUCGUCACUUUUUUUUAUUUGAAAAAAAUAUACUUUAUUCGUAAGAUGUAC